UUUACCGAUAAGCAUUACACGACAGCAUUAUUGCGGUGAUUAAAAUCACCUACUGUAAAAUCACCAUACUAUAAAAUGCUACGUGGCAUCAGCGAAGCGAGGGUUGAGACGGGAGCAAGUUGGAACGACCUUGAAAGCAGGUGAGUGAUGAUGCCACGUAGCAUUUUAGAGCUUGGACACACAGGGCGGUUGUAACCGAGCGGUUGCAACCGCUCGGUUACAUUUUCAAUGAUAGCCUAUGGAAUCGUUCACAUGUAACCGCGGCGGUUUGGUAACCGCGGCGGAACCGACGGGGACCCCGCAACCGCGCGGUUGGCCAGCGUGUCGAGAUACAUACAGACAUAUUACAUCGCACACACAGGGCGGCGCGCCACUCGGUUUGAAGGCAUUGGGCGACGCUAUUGGUUGUGCGCCAGCCAAUGAGAUAACACGACGUGCGUUACUAUGGCAACCUUGGGCUUUGCCUGAUGAAUCACGUUAGGUAAUACCACUCAGUCACUGCAGUACUGCUGAGGUAGACGUUAUGGAGCGGGAUCAUUUUGAUACGGAUUUAUUUAUCAAUGAGAUAGAAAAACGCCCAUCAAUAUGGGACAUGAAAUCUCCCCACUACAAGGACAGGGUGAUGAAGAAAAAACACUGGGAAGAGGUCGCUGACAUUUUCUGUCCUGACGGAGAAAUCAAGGAAAAACAGAAUGUAGUUAUGAUGGCGAGUGAGGUGUCUGCUCCGGUUGGUCCCAGAACCCAUGCUGUGUUGGCGAUAGGAUGCUGUUGUAUUGGAGGUGGAGAGCAAAGCACAGCUAGAUCCAGCAGGUGUAGGCAUGUCAGGCAAUCAAGAAGCAGAGCAGGAGGUGGUAACAGGUGAAGAGGGCAGCAUGAAGCAGUACGUUUUGCUCCGUCAUUCAGCCACACGCUGCUGUGGUUGAGUCAUCCCUCCUAUCCUCACCUCAACUAGAGUCAAGCCAGCAAAGCCACUGUCCAUAUUCUGUCAGCAGUGCAGCCCACAUCACUGCAUUCUCCCUGUCCAGCCCUCAACAUCAUUACAUCUCCUUGUCUACUGCUGGUCCCAACAGAUGACACACAAGCAGGGCAGGUCUAGCAGUUCCUCAGAUGCUGGAGAUCUAAGAAGGCAUCCUCACCGAGAUGAGGAACAUGAGGGGUUCAGUGGAUAUGUUCAGUGACCAACUGGAUGUAAGAAGCUUACUUUCAUCACCUGCAUGGAGUGCUGAAAGUCAUAGGCAGAAAUUGCUGUCAAGAAAGAUUAAUUAGAAGACCAUUUUGUUUGUGUCUAAUGUAUGAUUAUUCUCUUACUUUUAGAUUGAUUGAUUGAUUGAUUGAUACAUUUAUUGUUGUAUUAAUAAUGAAAUAUAGCAAAGGAGGAGGAUGGACCUUGCCACCCAUCCCCUGGGCAAAGACUUAAGGGUAGAGUAUCAAAAAUAUAAAAAUAUAAUAUGCAUUACAAGAAUAUAAGUAAAUAAAUAAAUACAGAUAUUGCA